AUGCUCUACGCAACGGGGCAAUCGAAAUUCCCAAAUUCCUUCACGGGACUAGGGUCCAUAUGUUGUCUAUUUUGUGGAAAGGAUGCUAGUAGCUACCGCAUCCUCGAUUGGCAGGAAGGAAAGGAUACGAGAAAGAAGGUGAUUAGGCAACUGGCUAAUCCUAUCUUGGCCCCGCAUGAUAAGCAUAAUUCUGAUAAUUUCCUGAAAGAGGAACACCAAUAA